CUCCAGGGGAUUUCCCUGUCCCCUGAGUCGGACAUCCCCCGGGUUCUAAGGGCAGGUCAAGGAAGGCAGAAGCUUCAAAAGUUCGGCUGAGGAAGCUACCGCUUCCCGCUGCCUUCUGGCCGCCGCUAUUCCUGCAGAGAUGCCGGAGGAAGGUCGCCCUUACCCCUGGGUACGCUGGAGCUGGUCCGCGUUCCAGCGCCUGCUGCCGUGGCUGCUGGUGGUGAUUAUUGCGAUUUGCUGGUGGCUCCUCUGCGGCGGGCACCUCAGUAAGCCUCAGCACGUGCUGCUGGAGCCAUCUGAGUUGCACGUAGCUGAGUUACAGCUGAAUCUCACAGACCCUUGGAAGGACCUCACACUGCGCUGGGGAGCAGGCCCAGCCUUGGGAAGAUCCUUCACGCACGGACCGGGGCUGGAGAAGGGCAAUCUGCGUAUCCAUCAAGACGGCAUCUACAGGCUGCAUAUCCAGGUGACACUGGCCAACUGUUCCUCCUCAGGUAGCGCCCUGCAGCACAGGGCCAGCCUGGCUGUGGGCAUCUGCUCCCCCGCUGCACACAGCGUCAGCUUGCUGCGUCGGCGCUUCGGACAGGACUGUACAGUGUCUUUACAGCGCCUUACGCCGCUUGCCCGUGGAGACGUCCUCUGCUCCAACCUCACCCAGCCUCUGCUGCCGUCCCGCAACGCUGACGAGACUUUCUUUGGAGUUCAGAGGGUAUACCCUUGGCCAUAACUCCAGGAUGGCUUGUGAAUAUUUUUUUUUCUUUUCGAGUUCUACAUAUUUAUAAAUAUGUAUAUUUAUAACUGUAUAGUUC